AUGCGGGCAGUGAAACUGAGGAUGAAGAUCAUGCUCCGCUGCACGGGACCAACCCUGUGCCGGCCAUAUUACCUUUGCCGCCGCGUCAACGACCCAGAAGCAAAUGCAACUUACACGGCGACGGAGCGGGCAUUGGAUGACAAGCGAGCUUGGCGCCACAUCAAAGACGUCUUUCCUCAGGUGCCUGUCUACAUCUCCGCUUUUUCAUCUCAAAUCUCACGCGCCCUACGCCUGUACUCUGAUUUUACAACUUGCCAGACUGCACUCUUUGGCCCCGAGGGUCCGCACACCAGUCAAGUCAAACAGGGCGCCCUUGGGAACUGCUGGUUUGUCAGCGCCUUGGCUGUGAUUGCCUCCAAGCCGGCUUUGAUCAAACGUAUCGUGGACGAGAGUGACUAUGAUGCUGCCACGGAUACAUAUUCAGUGCGCCUGUGGUACAACGGCAACAGCGACCGUGUGCCCAUCACUCCCACAUUUCCGGUUGCCGGCGGCUCGCUUUGCUAUGCGCGCAGCGUCGCGACCGGAGCCACGCAAACUGGUUAUGCAUGGGCACCUCUCAUCGAAAAGGCUAUGACUCGCCUCACUGCUCGUUGGCAGGCCACAAUGUUUGGGAGCUACAGGGACUUGGAUUCGGGUGUCAUUGCAGAAGGGUUCUCUUGUCUGACUGGCUUCCCCUGCGAAUCCUACCGGCUUCGCAUGUACGCGGCGCAACCAUCGGAACAUUCCGUAUCAUCGGAGGAGGAAGGGCAAAACGUCAUGGAGGAGCAGGCCGCGUCAUCUAAUCGAGCCACACCAAGCCCCAACCCGGGUGGGCCUGGGGCCUCAGCACCGGCUGGUGCGGGAUCUGGUGACGACAACCGGCAGGAUAUGCUCUGGCUCCGGCUUUCCUCAUAUCACGAUGCGGGAUACGUCAUGGGGGCGAGCAUCGCUGAUCGAGGCAACGAGGAAGUGGCCGACCCCGCCGUGGCACGAGGUUUAGAAGUGGCGUACGUGCGGCGCUUCGUCAAGGCCCGACUCUGCGCCUUACAUUCACUCAUGCAUCCGUUGGCACGGCAUGCCUAUUCGAUUGUGGCGGUGGAAACAUUUCUAGUGGCCACGCAGGCAGGACCGGCACAGCUGCAACUCCUGUGCAUUCACAACCCUCUGGGUGCGAGCCAAUGGAACGGUCUUUAUCGGGACGCCGACCCCAUGUGGCGCCGGCCGGGUUUGGCAAAAGUGCGCGAGCAAUGCCAGCCCAACCGACAAGGACAGGGGUUUUUCUGGAUGUCGUAUCAAGACUUUUUGCGCUAUUUCCACAACGUGGAUGUAUGCAAGGUUCUGCUGGACUUGUACGAAAUCCGCCGCGAGGGUUUGUUCACGCACAACCCCUGCAGCUACCACUGUGCGUAUGUGGUGGAGCCUGCGCAAGAGAUUACUCGAUUCGAAAUCGGAUUGGUGCAAAGCAGCUUGCGUGGCCGACAGAACAACGACAUUCCUCAGGACAUGUGCGUGAUUAUUGUUGAGCUGGACCGGGAGCAUGAGCUAAAGGAUUUUGUAAACGGAUCCUUGUUCAUCGCGUCUCGGCCCAAGGUGGCGGUAGUGCAUUCGCCCACGUCCAGUCAAGUGCGCAUGCUCAAGCCGACUUGUCGCUAUGUGGUCUUGCCCAUCUCUUUCAACGGCUACGCACGAUCAUCCCCGCGGCCACUUACAGCGGCAUUUUUUGCCAAUGGCGACAUGACUGUGCGAAUGCACGAGCUUGCUCCCCGCGAUGUUGGGUGGGCGUUGGCCACAACCUGCCGACAGCGGGGCGAAUGCAGCAAUCGCAACACCGAGUCCUUCCGGAACGGCAUGGCCGUAUACAAGUAUGGCACGUGGUUCGCGGCUGAAAACCGAGCACUGGAAGACUUUUUUCGGGUUCGGAUAGAGGUGGAAGAGUCGAGCAAUUAUGUGUCCAGCCGGCAUGCAGAGAUUUUGAUGGUGGAGGCGACGCUGCCGCCCAUUACCAUGCAAUUCUUGGUGGCAUACUCGAACAUGGUGGCCGAGCAGGCAGCACGGAUUGAUUUCCGCUUUACCUUUGGAGUGGUGAACAGCAUGGGGUUAAGUUUGCCGGCGUUUGCACAUCCGCGACAGUCGAGCAUCCACCAUCCGCUUCGUAUCCCAGCGGGUCGCGGUGAUGACGUGAACCUGCCCAUGACGUCGCCACCUCUGUGCGCUUUUGGUAAGGCACAGUUGCACGCUGUCACUUUGUCUCUCUCGCUUUGUUUCUUUCUUUGUUUAUUUUCUCUCAGUGUGACUCACACUCUCUCGUUUUUUCUCUCUCUCGCUCUCUCUCUCUCUCGCUCUCGCUCUCUGUCAAACUCGAGACGCUGA